UUGAACAAAUUAUAUGAAAGGGCGUCUGAAGAUGAUUCCAUGCUUAUUGAAGUGUUUUCCAAUUUGUCAAGCAAGCUUCCAAAUUUUGAAAGACUUGAGGCUAUAGGAGAACUCGAAUUAACAACCAACUUUCUGGAUCCUAUUUUCUCCCCUCUGUUCCACCACCCUGCCGCAAACAAGCAUUUUAUCUGG